AUGGCGGCGGGAGCACCACCGCACGGCGCGCCGACGGUGGAGGAGCAGGAGGAGGCGGCGGGGGUGGGGAUCCUGCUGCAGAUAUCGAUGCUGGUGCUGGCCUUCGUGCUCGGCCACCUCCUCCGCCGCCGCAGGGUCUACUACCUCCCCGAGGCCAGCGCGUCGCUCCUCAUCGGGUUGAUCGUGGGAGGUCUUGCUAGCAUAUCUAACACUCAGAAAAGUACUAGGAGAUGGUUCAAUUUCCGGGAAGAGCUUUUCUUUCUGUUCUUGCUGCCUCCAAUCAUAUUCCAGUCUGGCUUCAGCUUAGCACCAAAACCGUUCUUCUCAAACUUUGGUGCUAUUAUUACUUUUGCCAUAAUUGGAACCUUUAUCGCCUCCACUGUCACAGGUGUUCUAGUCUACCUUGCCGGGCUAAUACAUCUUGUCUAUAGGAUGCCUCUGAUCGAGUGUAUGAUGUUUGGUUCCCUUGUGUCAGCAACUGAUCCUGUAACUGUGUUGUCCAUAUUUCAGGAACUUGGUACAGACGUGAACCUCUAUGCGUUAGUUUUUGGUGAAUCUGUGCUAAACGACGCUAUGGCAAUUUCCUUGUACAGGACUAUGGCAUCUCUGAGGACCAAUGCUUCUAGCCAAAACAUUUUCGUUGUUAUCUUGAGAUUUCUUGAGGACUUCUUUGGAUCAAUGUCAAUAGGUGUUGGAGCUGGAUUUAUUUCUGCUCUCCUCUUCAAGUAUUCAACACUCGGUGUUGAGAACCUUUAUAACCUCGAGAGCUGCUUGUUUGUACUAUUCCCAUACUUCUCGUACAUGCUAGCUGAAGGCUUUGGUCUGUCUGGCAUAGUCUCAAUACUCUUUACUGGAAUUGUGAUGAAGAGAUACACAUUCCCAAACUUGUCAGAUGACUCUCAGCGUUUCACUGCUUCCCUUUUCAAUCUGCUUUCAUCAUUAGCAGAAACUUUUGUGUUCAUAUAUAUGGGAUUUGAUAUUGCAAUGGAGCGUCAAAGCUGGUCACACAUCGGGUUCAUAUUUUUCUCAGUUAUCUUCAUACUAGUUGCAAGGGCUGCAAAUGUUUUCUCGUGUUCUUUCUUGGUAAAUUUGGUACGGCCACCCCACCGGCAAAUAUCCAGGCAGUAUCAACAGGCACUUUGGUAUAGUGGUCUUAGAGGGGCUAUGGCUUUUGCCCUUGCUCUUCAAUCUGUUCAUGAUCUUCCUGAGGGCCAUGGUCAGACAAUUUUGAGCGCUACCAUAUCUAUCAUUGUUCUAACAGUACUUCUGAUUGGAGGUUCGACAAGCACAAUGCUUGAAGCUCUACACGUUGCAGGAGAUGGUAAUAAUGGCCAUCCUCGUUCAGUUGAGGACCAGGAUAACUAUGAGGGGAACAAUUUGUGUAACAUAGAACUAAACAAUGUAGAAGGGACUUCUAGCACAAGCAAAUUCAAACAGAAACUCCGAGAAAUCCAGAGAAGCACUCCUUCGUUCGCCACAUUGGACAGACACUACCUCACUCCAUUUUUCACGUCUCGAAAUGGAGACAUCGAUGAUGACGAUCAUGAUCCUAAUGGAGCGCCGCAGCGAUCUAACGAGUUGCAAGGUGUGGAGAGCCAUCGUUUACCGACUCGAGAGAUGGACUGA